GAUAGCUGUCCUUCUCUUCCCCCUUCCUCCGCCAGCGUGCACACUACCCCUGACUCGGCUUCUCGCCAUGUCGUCUCACAAGACUUUCAGAAUCAAGCAGUUCCUGGCCAAGAAACAAAAGCAAAAUCGUCCUGUUCCUCAGUGGAUCCGGAUGAAAACUGCUAACAAAGUCAGGUACAACUCUAAGAGAAGACACUGGAGGAGAACAAAACAGGGUCUGUAAAAAUUCACCCAAUGGCAAGACUGAGGGUUUAUAUUAAACUGUGGUCAGUGAUCAGUCCUACCAGAUGGAUUUCAACAUUUUUAACCUGGAGACUUGCUUGUAUCUAAAUUAGGGUGUUUGUCCAGUAAUAAAAUUUAGAACCUUUCAAAAAA